AUGAACGUUCCUCACAUACCCGGAGUCCAACCCGUGGCCAUUCCCCGACCUCAAGUUGGCAUUGAGCGCCUUCCAACUCGUCGCAUGAGCAAUGAGCCACGCGAAUCAAUGAACUGCAAGUCGUGUCGAAAGCGAAAGCAUCAUCGUGCCGGCCCCGACCCAGCAGCGAAGGCUAACUCAGCUGCAGACGCGGUCCCCAAAAAACGUGGACCAAAGACAGACGUAUUGGAAGCACUUUUGAAAAGAGUUGACGGGCUCGAGGCCAAGCUAAGAGAGAAGGGGGAAGACGAUGUGUCGCUUGCAAGCUCAAAUUUGCCAGGAGCUGGCAAAGGAGAAGCUUCUGAGAAUGGUUCUCAAGUCACUGAAGUUAGCGAGUCGACAACCAAACGUGCCACAGUAGACGCGCGUGCGUCUCCUGGCGAUACGGCAUCACUUUCUCCGCAAACUCCAAUAGCUCGACACACCACCGACCCUAGUGGGUAUCAAGCGGCUGCCAACCUUAGUGAAGACCUUGCAGCACGGGCUAGACGAGAGAUCAACAUCGACGAGCCGUCCAUAGAUGGAUUGCAGGCUCUUCUGUUGUUGGUCAGUGCCUUCACUGCGACAGGAAAAGGGAAGAAGGCGUACAUGCUUAUGACAAGUGCCACUGGCAUGGCCAUGGCGCUAGAGAUUCAUAAGGAAACUGACGGCCAGGCUCGAAUGACUCCAGUUGAACGCGAGAUGCGACGCCGACUCUUUUGGACGUGUUACUUGCUUGACCGGUUUCAAGCAACCGGUUCGAAGCGACCCAGCCUAAUAAGCGACAACACUAUUAUGCUGCGGCUUCCUUCUUGGUCGCCUAACUCAUCCUCGCUACCCGUCGAAGGCGAGUUCUUCCAAACAGGCUCGAACCUCCAGUACUUCCAGGGCAGCGACAAGAAACCCCAAGGGAGCAUGGGCAUGCUCAUCGACAUUACACGUGUUCUUGGAAACACAAAUCGAUAUCUUGCCGCUGGCGGCGUCAAGGGCGACUCUCACUUUCCAUGGCACACCCUCUCAACAAUAUCCAAGAUCCGUCAAGACCUAGAUGUGUGGGCUUCUGGAACUGAAGACGUCUUUUCCAACCUUGGCACUCUUUUUGGACAGGCCGACUCGACUAUCCUUCUGCUUAGCAAAGUCAUCUACCACCUGAUCCACUGUCUCAUUUACCGACCGUUUCUCCCUAUCGACCUUGCAGAACUUGCAGAGACAGGACAGCACCAAUCCUGGCAGAUUGAAGCCACUAACAUGUGCUUCCUUCACGCUAACGCGAUUAUGGAGCUGAUUCAGCUUGGGAAGCAAUCGGGGAUUGUUGACUGGCCGGCUUUCAUUGGAUAUUGCGUCUGCACAGCAGGGACAGUUCACGUUCACGGAGCCCACUACAGUCAGCAAGGAAACCAGGGCGAGUUCAAUGUCUUCAGCUCGGCAGCAGAGUUUCUGUCAAGAGAGAUGCAAUUCCUGAGUGAGCUGCGGUAUGCCUGGGCUACAGUACAACACCAACGUGAGACACUUCAAGACAUUAGCCACGCACAUGGCGAGUUGGUGAAAGCUCUAUCUCGCAGCUCAAUGCGCUAUACACCUGGAUUUCAUAGCGAGGAUUUCUUCGAUCGGUACUCCAACAUUGGAGGCCCGGGUGGCCCUUCUUUCAGUUUCGAUGCAGCCAAUCUUCGCCUUGCAGAUGUUGCAGUUGACAUGGGUGCUGGACCAGCUGCUGAAGACACCCUCCGAAACAACGAUGGAUUACAGCGACCGAGUCUCAAGCGCAAGAAUACGGCUCCGCCAGGACCUAUCAACCGGAGACGACCUGACGUGAAGGUUAUUUCGAGCCUGGCGCCCUCUGCAUCGGGACUACCUACUCCAGGCACCGCUCGACGAUCAUUCUCGUAUACAUCGGGAGGGAUGCCACAUUCAUCGCCUGGCCUCCUUGCAACACCAACCUCAAUCCCGACCCAUCACGAAAACCAGGAUAUGUACACUAUGCAUGACCACAUGGGUGGUGAUGCAUCCGCAAACAAUGCGGCAGUCGCGGCGGCAGCGGCAGCAGGUUUCACCAUGUCACCCACUUCGCAUGCCGUUUCAUCUCAUAACAUGCACCCAAUGGGUAGCGCACCUUUCAGCCCACCUUACAGCUAUGGCUCAGGGACAAGCAUUACGAAUGCUGGACCAGGAAUGAUCAACGAAGCGAACGGAGGCUAUGAUGCUAUGUUUGGAACAGUACCCACCAACGCCUUUGGCAGCCCAGCGGCAUGGCAAGGCGAUGACAGCCAUACCAAGAUGCACCUCAACCAGAUUCGCCCGACAGCGACAAGCCCUGGAGCGCGAAGCAACAAUGGCAGUACUGGAACAGGCCCAGGAGAGGAGAAGGACCCAUUCCUGGCGCUUCUCGAGCAACUGGCCGAGAAUGAAAAUCGAUCGCAGAACGGGCAUGGAGGCGAUCUUGACUUCUUCCUCGGUAACUCAACCGUCAACCCUUGA